UGUGUAAACACUAUAUAUACUAGUAUUACAUGCACGCAAUGCGUGCGAUAACGUGUGAUAACAAAUGAAGUAGAAAAUAAAAUUAAUUGGGUAGAAAAAUUAUCUUUACAUUUUAUUUUCUCAAAAAACUGAUGUUCAGUUUAAAUGUUCUACUUUUUCCCCCUUUUUUCAUUCAAAAUGAAACAGUUAGUUAUAUUCUAUUUUUUUUUUUCUAUUUUUUGGUGUCCCCCAUGUGUUGCCUUAUAUAAUAGAGUUUCAUCGAUAAGAAUUAUUCAAGAUUACAGAGUUUACAUUAGCUACCACUUAUUAGGGUUUUAUCUUCCUCUCUCCUCAAGAAAAAAAAAAAAAAACUCUCAUUCUUCUCCUUCAAUGGCUGCCACAACAGUGAAGAAGAUCACUCUGAAAUCCUCCGAUGGUGAGAAUUUCGACGUCGAAGAAUCCGUUGCUCUUGAAUGUCAAACCAUCAAAUACAUUAUCGAAGAUGAUUGCGCCGACAACGUGAUUCCUCUCCCUAAUGUCACUGCAAAGAUCCUCUCGAAGGUUAUUGAGUACUGUAAGAAACAUGUUGAAUCUGUUGCUGCUGCUAAAUCUUCUACUGAAGAUGGUUCAUCUUCUUCUAACCCUACUACUGCAGAUGAAGAAGAACUCAAAACUUGGGACGCUGAGUUUGUUAAAGUUGAUCAAAAUACACUGUUUGAUCUUAUCUUGGCGGCUAACUACCUGAACAUCAAGAGUCUGCUAGACUUGACCUGCCAAACUGUGGCUAACAUGAUGACAGGCAAGACCCCAGAGGAGAUCAGGAAGACCUUCAACAUCAAGAACGACUUCACCCCUGAAGAGGAAGAAGAAGUUAGGAGGGAAAACCAAUGGGCCUUUGACAAUUGA